AUGAGGUCUAGUAUCCUUUCUCUGCCACUCCCUCAACCUUCAGCUCCAUUAAAGUGCCAUUAUGGGCACUGGCAUUGUUGGUUCAGGCAUAGCCGAUCUAUAUCUGGUCCUCUUUCUUCAAUGUCUUGUCCGACGGAUCAAGGCAGAAUAAUUACCCACUGGUGUGACGAAAGGGUGUAUCUUGUAUCGGGAGCAAUACUCUGGUUAAAUUGCGCUGGCGUGUCUCUCACCAUCAACACAAGUCAGGAUGGGCAAGCGGUGCUUAUCCCCAACAUACAAGGACACCCCUCAAAACCGAUGAUCCCGAAGUUUCGUCCGAUCUCAAGGUACCAUUGUCACCGAAUACUAGAGAAUGUGCGCAAGGGAGCCUCGGGAGGACCGAUCACCCCUUGGCUGAAUUUGUUGCACGCAGAUUCCGAUGUAGGGCUUGAUCGGGUCCUGCAGUAUGACGUUAUAUCCCCCAGCCUUGUUCCAUCUUAUUACUGGGUGGCUUUAUACAGUGGCCGAUUCCUUGAGGUUGGCGACGAGUCAUUCGAACCAGUUUGA